AUGCUUUCAGCUCCACUGACUCCUCCUUAUGGAGAUUCGGCAGACAAUAUCGAGAAUGAUUCAACCAAUGGCCGCAUGUUGACGGGCGGAUCAGACUCUUCCUAUACAAAUCAGCCAUUUGCGCUUGCAACUCCGACGAGUAAUUCGAGUAUGAUGUUCAACGAAUCUAGCGAAGAAUAUACACCAGGGGGUCGCUCCUUCUCCGAGGAUAUGAUGGAAGAAUCCGAUCAGGAUAUGUCUGAUGGAGGAGCGCCUUUGACAACAAUACCAUCGCAUGCAGAAGAACCCACCACUGAUAUGGAUCCAGGAGAUUCAGAAAAUGUAUACAAUAAUGAUCUGGUAGGACUACACAAUGACUCUCAGUCCCAACUCUCGGCCAACCCGUUCUAUACCCAAAGUUUCUUGGAAGAAUUUGAUGCGCCAUCGGAACUAGGAGGUAGCUCAUACCCAUAUGGGGCCUACAUUCCUUUACCUUUACCUGAAGCCAUUAAUACCACCGAUUUGCCAGCUGUGAUGUCAGAGGUUUCGCAACAACUACAACAUAUUCAAGAUGGGCAAGAGCAUGGAGAUUCUGAAUCGACCCCAGAUGAAUAUCAUGAUAUGUUCAUAAAUCACAAUCAGAGUACACCCCCUGCUUCAUAUGUUCAAACUAUCCUUAUGCCAGAUUCUCUUUUUGAAGAAGAUAAAAGUUUGAUAACGUGGUAUGACCUCUCAGCUGGAGGAGCGCUAUUCGCGUUAGCUGCGUCACUAGAAGAAGACGCGGAAUCUGUUGAUCAGGGUAUUGACCACGUCACUCUCCAUGAAGUUGAUCAUGAUGUUGACCAUGUCACCCCCUAUGAAACUGAUCAGGAUGCUGACCAUGUCGCUCCCAAUGAAACUGACAUUGACAUCAAUCAUGAUGCUCACAAUCUUGAUGAGACUGUUGCUAACCAAGCUCAAGUUGACAGCCAAUUUAAUAUGAACUUCGGCGACUUUCUUAGCGACUGGGCAACAUCUUUUGCUCGCAGAGGCACAAAUAAUUCGAAGCCUUCACAGGCCGCUAUUACUGCUCAUAUACUUGCCGAAAAUUUUGAGCCAAUGCGGAGGUGUGACCUUCAAGGGGAGGAAUGUGACAUUCAGAGAAUUGAUUGGACAGACUUGGGGGUGACACGAUUGGAGGCUAGACAAAGACGUCGGGCCACUUACAAAAACUAUACCAAUCUUGUAUACCCCAAUCGUCCACAGCUCAAUCCCCGGCAACUGCAUGGCACAAGACUUAGAAAUGUUGAUAAUUACUUCAAAUUCCGCCAAAUGGAUUUUCAACACGACGUCCACAUUCGACACUUUCAAUUGCGCAACUUAAUUACCUGCCCCUCACAAAACUGUGUAAUAUACGCUGCAAAGACCAAGGUGUUGUAUUAUGACCCUACCAUUGAAUCGACUUCUCGCGUAUUAAUGGAUCUUGGCAAUCCAAGGACGCAGUCAUUUCAUUCUUCCUUGAAUGGGUGUCAAGUUUCCACUCUCACCAGUGGCCACGAGAUCGUUGUUGCAGGUGGAUUUGAGGGGCAAUACGCAUUGAUUAGCACUAGGGCUCAAAAGGAUGCGAAACAUACUGAAGGUGUGAUUACAGAGCACCUAAAUGAUAUCACAAACCAUGCCCAAGUUCAUCUGUCAAGGUCUUCCUCGCCCCUGGUUACCUUUGCUUCAAACGACUCUGGCAUUAGAACUCUCGACGUCACAACCAACAAGUUUAUUUCAGAGCAUAUGUAUGACCAUGCUAUGAAUUGCACAGCUGUAUCACCCGACCGACGUCUACGUGUACUGGUCGGUGACACUCGAAAGGUUAUGAUCUGCAAUUCCGAAACAGGGCAAACUUUACAAGAGCUCGAGGGUCAUCUUGACUUUGGCUUCGCGUGUGAUUGGUCUGAAGAUGGAUGGACGGUAGCAACUGGAAAUCAAGACAUGCAAGUUAAGAUUUGGGAUGCUAGAUAUUGGAAUCGACCUAUAGCAAGUAUUGCUGCAGAUAUGGCUGGUGUCAGGAAACUCAAAUUUUCCCCUUUGGGUUCUGGCAGGCCAAUUUUGGUCGCAGCGGAACCAGCAGACUAUGUCAAUAUCAUAAAUGCCGAGACUUUCGAUAGUAAACAGACUCUCAGCUUCUUCGGAGAGGUUGGAGGCUUCGACUUUACUAACGAUGGCCAAGAGCUGGUCGUUGCAAACUGUGACACCUUGAGGGGCGGGAUAAUCGAAUAUGAACGUUGCGAUUUUGCUACCGAAGGUCUGUGUGGGAAGGAUGAGCAUCUGAGAAAUAUGAUCGAAGAUGACGAAAGUAGAAAUAUAUUUGACGAAAGUAGAAAUAUGAUGGACGAAAGAAGAUAUUUGAUGGCUGGGAGGAAACGGAAUUUUGUUACCAGCCAUCUGGCUGAAGAACUUCUAGAGGAGUCACCAGCCUUUCGAGGUACUACGAAGCGCCGAGAAAGAAGAGCUGCCCUUCUAACCAACUUGGGGUCAUUCUAAGCAUUCCCGUACGCAGACAUAUUUCGAUUAAGGAACACCAUUUACAUUGUUAAGGGGUAUAUUCAAUGAGCCCAGAAUAACGCCCCAAGUAUUUAUAGUUGGCUGAUCAUUCAAUCCCUCUAUACUCCGAUAUCUAUAUUUCAAAAUAUUCAAACCGUUACUGGUGGCUCAGAUGCAAGUCAACCGCACUCUUUUUUCCUUUGUUGGCAUCUCAUUUUAACUAUUCGGCAUUUCUCGGAGUCACGAAUUCUUCUUCUUCAUCAUCAUCGUUAGUGAUAUUGCAUAUGGGAUGAAUGAAUGGCAUUUUAGGAAGGACUGCAUUGGUAUGAAAUGAGAAAUACCAUUUGGGGAAAAUUCAAAUCUUCCGAGUUAGCGACGGAGUUUUGGGGGCGGGCUUAAUUCCCGUUUGUUUUUCCAGGCGAAAUUGUUUUUGGUUUGGUGGGAAGGAUUUGGUAUGGAUCUCAAGGGAUGAGAUGGAAUAUGGGGAGGGAAUUCGAAUGUUUAGGGAGCAUUAUAAGUUUGUCUAUAUUUUACUUCACUUCGAUUUGUGGCAUUUUUUCGCCAAUUAAGCAUUUUUUUCUAAUUCGGAACCUCGGGGGAAAAGAUUCAAUAUGAGCUGGAAUUUGAUUUGAAAUCUGUGAAUGAGAUUGCGGGUCUUGUCAAUAGGAUGGUCUGGACAUUGUGAAGUGAAUGGAUUAUUCAAGGGGAUUCUUGUAGUGUGGAGCGGGUGAAAUGGAAUGAUAUAGAACUAUUCUGAUCUUCAUCGGCAUAUUCGUCUCCACGGUAGCAUGGAACAGUAUAUAGGAACUUCAGCAGCAUCAAUGAAUAUACAAAAGUUAUUAA